AAGGGAACCGCCCCUUUCGUGCCUUCAUGCUAUUUUUCAUUGUUUUUGCAAUAGCACGGAACGAUGUCUGAGGAGGAAGUCGUGCAAACUUCUGUGGGUAUUUUUCAAGAGAUUUACACGUCUCCGCUCAACCUGAGCCUGCUAUGUUUGUGUCUCUUCUUGUUGUAUAAGAUCAUUCGCGGGGAUAAACCCCCGGACAUGGGGAAAGAGGAAGAACAGCUUCCCAAAUUAAAGAAGAAAGAUUUCACCCUGGCCGAGCUGAAGGAAUACGAUGGAGAGAAAAACCCGAGGAUCCUCAUAGCUAUCAACGGCAAAGUGUUCGACGUGACCAGGGGAAAGAAAUUCUACGGGCCAGAGGGCCCGUACGGUGUGUUUGCUGGCAGGGAUGCUUCCAGAGGCCUCGCUACCUUCUGUCUGGAGAAGGAAGCUCUGAAGGACGAGCAUGAUGAUCUGUCUGACCUCAACGCUAUGCAGCAGGAGAGCCUGGGCGAGUGGGAGAUGCAGUUCACUGUUAAGUACGACUACGUGGGAAAGCUGUUGAAACCUGGCGAGGAGCCGACAGAAUACACAGACGACGAGGAUUCAAAGGAUGCCAAGGAGAAAAAGACGGAAUAAAAGUCUGCAGCUUUUUAAUACACAUUUAGAACAGAACUCGAAGUCUUCAUUACCACCCAUUGUUAAUUUGAUUGUUAAUGAGGUGUGUUUUUGGGUGCUGUCUAUAUUUUGUAUUUCAAGGUGUUUUUCUUGGAGGGGUGGGAGUAGGGAGUAUAUUUUGUUGUAGAAUUGAAACUAUAAGGGGCAUGUCUAUGGUGGUGAUUGCAACUCGGAUCACAUUAUGUGUGAAUGAUGACCAUAUAGAAGUAAUGCAUAUAACACUAAACAGAUGGGUGUAGUUCAUUCUAUUAUUCUAGGCCAUGAAUAAGACCAGCAAACUUUUAAUAUUGUGAAUGUUGGUUUUUCUACUGGGUUUUACACUGUUGGAGCUGCAUUGCUAUAGACCUAUUCAUCCGAAAUAACUUAAUAUCGAGCUAGUACAGAUCAUUUGCCUUUUUGUUUUGUGAGUACAAGUUAAAAAUCAAAAGAAAAUGAAAGUUUGGUUAGACUGGCAGAAAACUGCUUUUAUGGUGGGUUUGCUAACCAGGUGUGUGUGUGUGUUGCUGAAAUAAAAUGUAAUCUUCAGGUGCAACUAAUAAGCAUUAGACCACUGAUUCCCAGCCUGUUCCAGAAUAGGGACCACACUGGUGUUCACAGGUUUGUCCUGUGAAUCAAUACCAGCAUGGGACUAAAAGCCUUUAUGCUACAAACUAACCACUUGCCAGAAUUGCAUUGUAAUUGCAUGCGGUUCCUCGUUACAUUUUAGCUAGACAAACGUUUCGUGGUGUUUGGAAUAGGUGGGUAAAUGGCAACUAGAAUGUGUUUAGGUGGCCAGAGCUUGUUUGUUGAGGGUGUGUGUUAGGUACAGUAUUGCAGAGUGAUGGAUUGGGAGCGCAGGAUGGGGUACAUGCUUAGUCUGAUUGGGGAAAUCGUUCAGGAAGCACCUGGGAUUUACUGACGGACCACAUCUAAACCUGUGCUUCAGAUUGAUCUAAUUCAAAAGCUCUUGCUUGUUAUUUCUUAAUUCGAUUUGUCCACCAAUUUAAAUAAAAUAUCCUGCUUUUGCUUUA